AUGGUGGAUCCGACCCGAUCCUGUGGCCGCUGCGGCCCGCAUGUUGUCCUCAUCGCGGCCGUGCCCUUGGUGGCUUGGAUGUACCUUCAGGGCGCGUUUCGCAUCCCCAACGCCAGGAACUCUGAGGAGGCGAAGGCAGCGCAUCUUCGGGAGUCGGAGACCUCUCAGCCGCCUCAGCCAGGCCCAGCUCCUUUCUCAGAGUUUCAGGGGACGGUCUCCACGCUCUUCACAGAAUCUGCUCUGCAUGCUCUGCCAGCGGCCUUGCCGCUUCACCACCAAAGCCGACCAGCCCCUGAGACUCUGUGGAGGCCAGAGGACUAUCAGUCCUUUCCGGUUCUGCCAGAUGAGGUCUGGAGAGCUUCUAGAAAUCUCUCGUCCGCUGCUGCGGAGGAGAGGCUGCAGGCAUUGCUGCUACGUCUGGCCUCAGGUCAGACAGCUCGGCUUCAGGUGUAUGGCGGCAGCAUGACCUUCGGUGAGGGCUGCUGUCCCAGAAAGAACAGGACAUGCCUCAGCAAACGCACAAGCUGCUCUUGGUCAACAGAUUUUGUACACCGGUUGCGCCAAGCCUUUCCGUCUUCUUCAGUGGAGCUGGACCUCCAUGCCCGGGGAGGCUGUGAUGCCGCCUGCUCGCUCCAGGAAAUGGCCAUGACCCAGGCAAGUGCCAGUGUGGCUCCAGAUUGGAUCCUCCUAGAUUUCGGGCAGAAUGGCUGGGGCAGAAGAUCGACGAUGGAGCAGUUCAUACGGCUUAUCCACCUCUUCCUUCCCCUGACGCUGGUCACGAUUGUCUUCACCAAGGAUAUCUUGCCGGAUCCGAAGCCGCUCCGCUGUAAGCGAUGCAGCGAUGGCCUCCAACAGCUCAUGCAGAUUGCGUUGCAUUACGGUCCGUAUGGCGUUUCGCUGUUGAGCUAUGACCUGGCCAUGCAGCAGUAUGCCAAGAAGAGUGGAGAAAACGCGAUGGAGCUCAUGUGGCCCACCAUCAACUUUAACGAGCGUCAUCAUCCCGCAUGGUCCACGCAUGCCUUGUUUGCGGACAUGCUCGUGAGCUGGUGCAACGAACAGCUGCCCUUGCUGGAGCGUGCGCCUGCCGUGAGUCGGUCCAGGCUGGCGCAACUGACCCCACAACUACGCAAAAACCCCUCGCUGCAUUCAGAUGACGAGUGGAUCCGACCCACACACCCCGCCCUCACUCUGGCGACGCUCGAGAUCUGCAUCAUGCCCCUCACGGCCCACAUCGCCCGUUCGCCCAACCCAGAGAGCCCGGAGAUGAGCUCGCACAAGGAGUGGCGCCUGUACGAAGAUCGUCCCGCGAAGCCAGGAUGGAUCACAAACGGCACGGAUGAGCAGCUCACCUUCAACAUGAACAUCAGCGCAAGGCCCAAGAUCAUAGUGCAGUAUCUUCGCAGCUACGAGAACGUGGGCCAGGCCGAGAUGAGCAUUGAGAGCGCUUGGACCUGGGAGUCUCCACAGCUUCCGAACACGCACAACGCGAGCCGCUUCCUCCUGCGCGCGCUGUGGGAGCACCGGCUGUCGCUCACCGAGAGCUUGGUCUUCCGGCCAGGUCGCAGAGGGCGCCCCAGGAGGGGCGGCCGGGAAGGAGCGGCGGUGUCCUUCCGCCUGGAGCAAGGACAGGUGCGCCUUCAAGUUGCCGAGGGUCCUGAGAAGGAGCAGUCUGAGGAGUGGGUGCCUGUCAGGUUUCCCGCCAUCAAUAUCGUGGAGCUCCAGAGGCCUGUCAACCGACCGGCCGAGCGGAGGCGACAAGUUCGGAACUCCUUUCGCAGAGAUGCCGGAGGGAUCCGAGACCGCGCGCGGGAGCUCUGCCGCCUCCUCCUGGAGCUGCGCCACCAGCCCCCGCGCAAGGCGGAAGCCGCGCCCGAUGACGCCUUGGGCCUGGACCUACGGCCGCCGGCAGAGGUUCGCGCCCAGUGCGAGAUUCCCAAGAUGCGAGGCGAGACCUUUCGCCUCUGCAGCUGCGGCAUGUGGCGACACGUUCAUCGAGGCCGACGGCCUGAAGAGACGCGGGUGCCGCCAGCCCUGGCCUGGGAUCCCGUCCUGGGGUCCCUGCUGGAAGGCCCCGAUCGCUUGGACGGAAGCUCCGGGCUCCUCCGCGCCGUGGAGAGUCGGCAUGGAAGGGGGCCGGCUGCCGGUAAGGUGCGGAGCGUGAACCACUUGCUGUACAUGGCAAACGCUUGGACCUGGGCGGGGCAGACGCUCAAGGUGGAUGCACAGUUCUUCACCCACCUGCGUGAAGGAGUCGAGGCCAUCUGGUCAGAGCAGAGGGCAACCCGGAGCCGGCUGUCGAAGCUGGCCGUGCAGCUUGCGUGGCUGACCACCACGCCGAGCCUGGCGCUCAACCCGGAGGCCUUUGAGGCCUUCCUGAAAGAGCUUUACGAGCUCGCGGACAAGCUGCCAUUCCCAUCCAACUCCAACAUAAAGUCGAGGAGAGCCAAAGAAGCUGAAGAGAUCAAAGUCAAUCUCUUCGGGAAGAAGAUCCCGGCGCGCAAGGCGCUUCGGCGUCCAGCAGAGCGCAAAGUUCGCGUCCAGCUGGGCAGCUUUCGCAAGGGCUACGCCACCAGAAGGCUGUUUGCCUGGUGGACGUAUGCCCGCCUGAUUGAGCAGAAGCCAGGAAUCAUCUCCGAGCGGCUAUUCACCAAGGAGGAGUGUCUUUGCAGUGGCGGCGUUCUCCUCCCGGCCCUUCUCCGAGCGCGGCCUCCGCCCCAAGAGUUCCGGGAGCUGGCUUGGAGGCUGCUCUCCGCCAUGCCUGGCAUCGGCGGCCUGGCCCUGGAAGACCUCCUCCAGCUGCCGGAGGUCCUGGGCCACAGCUGGGCGACCUACGAGCUCCUCGUGGGCUUCGGCCUGGAUGGCCUGCAGGUGCAGCUGCGCACCAUGCUGGCAUACCUGGCGUUGCAUCUCUGGGAGAAGCUUGAACCAGGGGAGGUGAGGUUGCGACAACGACUUGCUUCCGACGUCUGCCAGCUCCUCCCGUGCAUCUUCCGGCUCCCCUGCGGCCCAGAGCCGGUCGAUGGGCCCUUGCACCUCUUCGUGAAGCUGAUGCCAGCACGCAGGCAGCCUGCCCAAGCGAUCCGCGUCGAUCUCUCGAGAAGCCUCGUCCAGGCGGCGCCGGGCCGAGCUGAGCCCUUCCUGAGAUUGGAGGCGCAGCUCGAGUGCCUGGCGGGGCUACUCGAGAACUACCCCCGCGACGAGCAUCUUUGGCAGCUCCUGCUUGCUGCGCUGGCGGAUGAGGACACCCUCCUCCGGCAGCCUGCGGUGCGCUGCGUCUGGGCUCGGCCCAGGGCCGCGCGCUGGGCGGAGAGCUUCUUCCGUCGGCCGACGCCGCUGCACCUCCGUGGGCUUCCCGACGGCGUCUACCGAGCCUGGCUCCUCCUCGUGUCCUUCCUCCCGAACGGGCGUGUCUGCGUCCCCAUCCUCAGGGAGACCAUGAGGCAGCAGCAGCAGCUGCAGCCCGGUGCGCUGUCGGCUGGUGAACGGGCACCCUGGCCUGAAGGACUCCUCGAGGAGCUGCGCGCCAAGGUCUCGGCAAUUCCGGGUGCCUGGGUGCCUGAAGAUGUGGUGGCCGGCCUCGUCCGGCAGCUGACCGGGGUGAACAUCCAGGUCUGA